AUGAUUGUGAUACACUCAUUCCGGACCGCCCAUUCCGCCUUCGGCGCAUGUCCCAAUCCGCCCGGACGGCAUCACGCAGCGCGGCGCGUCGCGUCUCCCAAUCCGCCCUCGUCGCAGCUCCAAAUCCGCCCUCGUCGCCUCUCCCAAUCCGCCCUCGUCGCAUCUCCCAAUCGCCCUCGUCGCAUCUCCCAAUCGCCCUCGUCGCAUCUCCCAAUCGCCCUCGUCGCAUCUCCCAAUCGCCCUCGUCGCAUCUCCCAAUCGCCCUCGUCGCAUCUCCUAAUCCGCCCCCGUCGCACCUCCACGCCGCCGCCCGUAGCGUUGCCUGCCACGUCUCCUUGCAACAUCGCCGCUCGCCUCUGCGCUGCUUCCCAUCCUGGCCGUGUCACCUCCGCCGUUACCUCGCCACCUCAUCGCCGCCUCGCCUCCCCACUCUCCUUUCUGCCCGCCUCUCUCCCCUGUCCUGUCCCCUUCUCUCCCCCCUAUCCUCCUCUCUCCCCCUGUCAUGUCCCCUUCUCUCCUCCCUGUCCUCCUCUCCUCCCCCUGUCCUGUCCCCUCCUCUCCCCCCUGUCCUCCCCUCUCCCCCCUGUCCUGGGCCCCUCUCUCCCCCCCUGUCCUGUCCCCCUUCCUCCGUAUAGCAUCUGGCAUAAUAAUAUUCUCCCCGCUCUCGUCCUUCCCUCCCCGCUCUCAUCCUUUCCUCUCCCCUCUCAUCCUUUCCUCCCCGCUCUCACCCUGAACCGUCUCUCAGCUCAAGCUAUUGCGCCUCCCGUCCCUCUCCCCCUUCUUUCCCUCAUGUCUCCCCCUCCUUCCCCCCGUUUCCCCCCUCUAUGCCCUCAUUCCCAUCCCACCUUCCCCUCAUUUCACCCUUUCUUCCCCAUUUCCCCACUGCUUUCUCAUGAUUUCCCCGCUCCCCCCUUCUGCCACCUGCGUCUGCAGCCUCGUGACCGCCACGGAACCGCCAGCUGCACGUUUGACGAGAUGCGCGAGAUGCGGCCAUGCAUGCGCCAUCCCUCUGAACCCUUCCUCUCCGCCCUCCGCACACCUAACUUGCACACCUCCCUCAUCCUCUCUCCCUCCCGUCAUCCUCUCUCCCCCCUGUCCUCCACUCUCUCCCCUCUGUCCUCCUCUCUCCCCCCUGUCCUCCUCUCUCCCCCCUGUCCUCCUCUCUCCCCCCUGUCCUCCUCUCUCCCCCCUGUCCUCCUCUCUCCCCCCUGUCCUCCUCUCUCCCCCCUGUCCUCCGUCCCCCCCUAG